AUGGUGUCCGGCCAACUUCCAAUACGUGUUGAUGAUCAUUGCCCAAUCACUUUGCCCGAUGGCACCGUCCUCUCCGCGCAGAUAUGGCGGCCGGACGAUGCAAGUGCCAGCCCGGUGCCUGCCAUUCUCGAGUAUUUGCCUUAUCGCAAACGCGACUACACUGCACCACGAGACGCCCUGAACCACCCUUACGUCGCUGCCCACGGGUAUGCGUGCGUGAGGGUGGACAUGCGCGGAUCGGGUGAUUCAGAAGGGGUUUUGCUGGGUGAGUACCUCAAGCAGGAGCAAGAUGAUGCGCUAGCAAUCUUGCAGUGGAUUGCUGCGCAGGACUGGUGCACAGGGUCAAUUGGGAUGAUUGGUAUUUCCUGGGGUGGUUUCAACGGCCUCCAGGUAGCCGCUCGACGGCCUCCUGAGCUCAAGGCAGUUAUUUCAAUCUGCUCCACCGAUGACCGCUAUGCCGACGAUAUUCAUUAUAUGGGCGGUUGCCUUCUGGUUGACAACUUCCUGUGGGGUGCUACUAUGUUCAGUAUGAACCCUUUACCGCCGGAUCCGGUUCUGGUUGGGGAAAAAUGGCGAGAUCUUUGGCUGGCCCGCUUAGAGGCUGGCGGUUUAUAUAUGGUGGACUGGCACCGUCACCAACGCCGUGACGCCUUCUGGAAGCACGCCUCAAUCUGUGAGAAUUACGAUGCCAUUCAGUGCCCCGUGUACUUGGUCGGUGGAUGGAUGGAUCCUUAUACGAACACGAUUUUCCGGAACCUCCAAAAUCUCACCUGCCCCAAGAAGGGUCUGGUCGGCCCCUGGGCUCACAAAUAUCCCAACUUCGCGGAGCCGGGUCCUCCGAUCGGCUUCCUCCAAGAGUCGGUGCGAUGGUGGGAUAAGUGGUUGAAGGGCAAGGAGACAGGCAUCAUGGAUGAACCAACACUUCGCUGCUAUAUGCAAGACACGGCACCACCACAGACUCAUUACGACUUUCGACCGGGCCAUUGGGUAGCGGAGAGUGGCUGGCCCAGUCAAGGCGUGGCAUCACACGGCAUGGGUCUUGCUCCCGGGCGUCUGACAAACGAGGUCUCCACGAGCAGCGACCACUUAGCCUUUUGCUCACCGCAAACAGUGGGCUUCGCCUCGGGCAGGUGGUGUAUCUUCGGCCUAGAUGCAGAUGAACCCGCCGAUCAGCGUCAGGAAGUUGGUGGUUCUCUUGUCUUCGAUAGCCACACGUUCGCCGAUCCAAUGGACCUCCUCGGUCCGGUGUCCCUCCAGCUUCGCGUCGCAAGUGACAAACCCAACGCAGUCCUCGCAGCCGUUCUCUCCGAGGUGUUGCCCGAUGGGUCGGCGACCAGGAUUUCGUGGGGUCUCCUCAACCUCACGCACCGCAAUAGUCACGCUGAUCUGGAACCACUGGAACCUGGUCGUUAUUACGACGUUACUGUCAAGUUGAACGAUCUGGGACAGCGCAUUGGUGUGGGAAGCCGCAUUCGACUGGCGCUGUCCACAUCAUACUUCCCUACUAUUUGGCCAGCACCCGAAGCUUCGAGACUGACGUUAGACUGUGCUCACUGUAAGUUGGAUUUGCCGAUGCGAAGCGAGAACCCGCUCGACUCUCAACUCAAGCCGUUCCAACCGGCCGUUAACGGGUCACCCCUCAAGACCCACGUCAUUCGCCCGGCCCGGUCGAGCAACAAAGUCUCGCAGGACCUGAAUUCGGGGGUAGUCACGAUACUUCUCGAGGAAGAUGCCGGACUCUGGGAAAAUGAGCGGACUGGCUGGCGGUACGGAAGUGACCAGACCAUCAUUUGCUCCGUACAUCCAGACGAUCCUCUGUCGGCUCGUGCAGAGCAGCGAUUCCGGAAGGAAUUUGGCCGGGACGAGCUGGACCUCGCCGUGGCCGGCUGGGCCAAGAUGUCGGCCACUCGGACGGAUUUCGAGUUGACAGCGCACCUCGAGGCGUGGGAGGGGAAGAAGCAGAUCUUCGGAAAGGACUAUGCCUUCACCAUUCCUCGUGACUGUGUCUAG